UCUGCCAGAGCAGGCGGAGUCGGAAACGCGCAGCAGCGUCGGUCCGUCGUGUCUGCGGCUCCGCGGAUUCUCUCGCCUCCCUCUCGGCUGUCGGAUCCUCCGGGGAACGGCUUCUUCUUCCAGCCCGCGGGAAAGCGGCGGAUCUUCGGCCUCACGGACGGACGGACCCGGCGGGCAGCGCGGCGGGGACAUACCCGGCUCGGCUCGGCUCGGCUCGCUUCCUCCUCCUCCCCCGGUGCGGUGGAAAAACCCGGACGGAGGCCCGCAGUGUGCGCUCAGCCUCCCGCAGGCCUCCGGCCCGGACUCCCGCUUUUCUCCCGGAAAAUGGACGGAUUCACCGGCAGUUUAGAUGACAGUAUGUCCGGAGCGAGUGUCUCAGAUGUCAACGAUCGUCUCUCUGCUCUGGAGCUCCGUGUCCAGCAGCAGGAGGAUGAGUUGACGGUCAUGAAAGCUGCUCUUGCCGACGUCCUGCGGCGUCUCGCUGCCUCUGAAGACUCCGCUGCCUCCACGACCAAAAAACAGCAAGGAGGGAAAGGUGGUGCUGCUCUGCGUGAAGCCUACUCGAUGUCCUGUAUCGCUAACGGGGGAACAUCUGGACGAAAGAGAGACUCCACAUCUGUCACCAGGAAGGAGACGUUGUCAUCCGCCGCCAAGAGUGGAGCAGACAGGAAAAAGGAGGUCAGCAGCCAGCGGUCACAGAUGGAGGAGAUCCAGGAGCGUGAGGAACCACCUCACCCAAAGGACUCGUCCCCCUCUCCCUCCUCCCCCCACCCUCCCCAGACCUCUCAGACCCCCCAGCCACAGAGACCGACCCAGUCCGCAGACAGCAGUAAAGGCCACGCCCCUCCGAAAAGGGGACCCAGUGUGAAGCGGUCCUCAGGUAUGGAGCGUUCUCAGAGCAGCACCUGGGAGAGUUCAGAGGAAAACAGGAACAAACUGGUGAAAGCUGCAUCCACCUCCAAGCUGCUGGCCAAGGUGGUCAAGAACGCUGAGAGGCACAAAGACCCAGUGGUCAGUCAAGCCAAAAUGUCGACCCGAGAGAAAAACAGCCAAGCUGAGGGGAACCUCAUCAAGAUGUUCAUGCGUGGUCGACCGAUCACCAUGUUCAUCCCGUCAGACGUGGAGAGCUACGUCGACGUUCGGACAGAACUUCCUCCAGAGAGACUGAAGCUGGAGUGGGUGUACGGUUACCGUGGCCGAGACUGCAGAGCGAACGUCUACCUCCUUCCAACUGGAGAGAUUGUUUACUUCAUCGCCUCCGUCGUGGUUCUGUUCAACUACGAGGAGCGGACUCAGAGACAUUACCUCGGACACACCGACUGUGUCAAGUGUCUGGCCAUCCAUCCUGAUAAGAUCCGGAUCGCUACGGGACAGAUCGCCGGUGUGGACAAAGACGGACGGGCGCUGCAGCCUCACGUUCGUAUCUGGGACAGCGUCAGUCUGUCGACUCUGCAGGUCAUCGGUUUGGGAACGUUCGAGCGAGGAGUCGGCUCCCUGGCUUUCUCCAAAGCUGACUCUGGUCAGCACCUCAGUGUGAUUGACGACUGUAACGAUCACAUGUUGACAGUUUGGGAUUGGCAGAAGAAAUCAAAGAUCGCUGAAAUCAAGACCACUAACGAGGUGGUCCUGGCCGUGGAGUUCCACCCCACCGACCCGAACACCAUCGUCACCUGCGGAAAGUCCCACAUCUUCUUCUGGACCUGGACCGGGACCUCACUGGCUCGUAAACAGGGAAUCUUUGGGAAAUACGAGAAGCCGAAGUUCAUCCAGUGUCUGGCCUUCCUGAGCACUGGAGACAUCCUGACCGGAGACUCUGGAGGAAUCCUGCUGGUCUGGACCAGGAGCUCCUCUGAGACACCCACUGGGAAGGGACCGAGAGCGUUUCAGAUCAGUCGGCAGGUCAAAGGUCAUGAGGGAAGUGUUUUCUGUAUGUGUGAGAUGAGGAGUGGCACUCUGCUGACCGGAGGAGGGAAAGACCGGAAAAUUAUCCUGUGGGACCACGAGCUGAGAGCUGACCGAGACAUCGAGGUACCGGAUCAGUACGGAACCAUCAGAGCGGUGUCCGAGGGGAAGGGGGAAGAGUUUCUGGUCGGGACGUCUCGUAACUUCAUCUUGAGAGGAACCUUCAACGACGGCUUCCUCGUGGAGGUCCAGGGUCACACAGACGAGCUGUGGGGGCUGGCGUCUCACCCGUCCAGAGGGAUGUUCCUGACGUGCGCUCAGGACCGGCUGGUCUGCCUCUGGAACUCGGUGGAUCACAGUCUGCAGUGGAGCCGCUCGGUCGAGGAACAUGGACACUGUGCAGACUUCCAUCCCAGUGGAGCUGUGGUCGCCAUAGGAACGCACUCGGGAAAGUGGUACGUUCUGGAUGCGGAGACCACAGACCUGGUGGCGAUCCACACUGACGGUAACGAGCAGCUGUCAGUGAUGCGUUUCUCUGUAGAUGGAAGUCUGCUGGCUGUUGGAUCUCAUGAUAACUUCAUAUACCUCUACACUGUCUCAGAGAGAGGACGAAAGUACAGCCGCUACGGGAAAUGCACAGGACAUUCCAGCUACAUCACACACCUGGACUGGUCACCUGACAACAACUUCAUCAUGUCCAACUCUGGAGACUACGAGAUCCUCUACUGGGACGUUCCAAACGGCUGUAAACUGAUCAGAAACCGUUCAGAGUGUAAAGACAUCGACUGGGCGACGUACACCUGUGUACUGGGAUACCACGUAUUUGGUGUGUGGCCGGAGGGUUCAGACGGCACCGACAUCAACGCUCUGAUCAGAUCUCACAACAGGAAGGUGAUUGCUCUGGCUGACGACUUCUGUAAAGUUCACCUGUUUGCCUACCCAUGCUCCACGCCCAAGGCUCCGAGCCAUAAGUACAGCGCCCACAGCAGUCAUGUGACCAAUGUCAGCUUCCUGUAUAACGACAGUCACCUGGUCUCGACGGGGGGGAAAGACACCAGCAUCAUGCAGUGGCGUUUGGUGGAGAAAUCUUCGCUCUCUCUCACCGACGGCCUCCUCUCUAACUCCGCCCCCCGCCGGGCGGACCCCACCUUCCACCCGGCCCCUCCCGCCGUAGCCACGCCCGCACAGGAACCCGUCCCUCCCCCGACAGCCAACGGGACCCAAGAGGAACCCUCUCCAGAAACUCCGCCCCCACUAGAGCUAGCCCCGCCAGCCUCUGAGUUAACCCCGCCCCACUCAGAGUCGACUCCGCCCCCCUCGGACAGCACAGUGAGCCUGAAGGACAGCCUGGAGCCGAGCGACGACACGGCCACACCCAGUGACGAGGGGCUGCCCCCCCUCACGCCCCCCUCAUAGACAGAGAGUCCCUGUGUGUGUGAGUGUUGUGGUACAGCUAUCUUUGUGAGGACCAGACUGAGCUACACACCUUCUGAGGACAACUUCAGAAGGUGUGCUGCAACUUCAUCAUAGCUAUUUAUAAGAGGAUAUUUUUACAAGGUAGGGACAUUUUCCUCACUUCGUAUCAGACAUGUCAAAUGGGCCUCAGUAAGGGUUAAUACAAACAUAUAUGAACAGACAGAUGAUUCAGUGUGACCUCACUUCCUGAGGAUAUCAUUAUUUCUAAUGUCCCUCCAGAAUAAAAGUCCACAAUCCAGUUAGAAAGCAGAGAAAAAAAGAGGCUGCAGAAGUUCAUUCAGAAUCCUUCUGUUUUUAAGUUUCCUUCAGUAUCACAGUGAUCCGGACAGUUGUCUGAACACCCAUGAUGCAUUGCAAACAUCAGCUGAUCUCAGCUGAUUCGGCUGCUGUUAAUGGGGCAGUUUGCCAGUGGUUAUAGUGUAACGUUAGUGUUGGCGGGGGAGGUUGUUGGGUGAGGGAGGGGGGUGCAUUAUGACAAUGAGGGUCCUCACAAGUGUAGAAGUACAAAUGUGUGUAUGUGUGCGUCAGGACUCAAACCUUGCGGCUGCAGAGUCACAUGGUUUCUCUCUUCUAUCAGCUGUUCAGAUAAAUGUUCAAUUUCCGUUUUUGAACAAACGUGUGAAGUCACAGUUUCAAACACCUGGAGAGUCCUGAUUUACCUGAGGGGAGACCACAGGAGGGGACAUUACCUGACACACACCUGUCACAUCUGGAGACUCUCAUCCGUAGUUUAUUUUUAAAAUCAUACCUUACCCAGGUAUAUACCCAGUUGAAAGGAUUGAAACUACAGGACAGGUGAGACAGGUGUGUCUGAGGUAAUUGUUUCUCCACCAAUCAGAGCAGGGCAGAUGAAGAGGAAGUGUUGGGGAUCAGAGAAAACCUGCAAGUCUUAAAUGUCUUUUAGAAAUGUUUUUUUUAAUUCUUUGAAGAGAAAAACUGCCUCUAAUCAUGUUUUUAUUGGUGUGUAAUAAUGAUAAACAAAUAUCGAUUUUUGAUUCCUAACAAUUAUUGAUCAUGUAAUCAUGUAAAUUGAUGAUUCUAAAAACACAAACACUGAUGGAUUUCGAUCAUUCAACACAACUUUAUUGAAUGUUUUAUUUUUUCAAACCACCAAACUCAGCUCUUCUGCAUUUCACAAUAAAAGCCCUCCACUACAGGAGGCUUUUAAUGUAAAAAUAUGUGACACAUGAAACCAGAGAACAUGGAGGUUUCAGACUAAAGUAUGAUUGAAUACAAAAAAAAUGUGUCUCUGACAUGAACUGGAGGAGAGAAUGCAUCCUACCACUCCCAGGAUGCAUUUCACUAACGAACAGCCAAUGACAAAGUUUCACAUUCUUUUGUCUCUCAAUUUGUCAGUACGUCACCUGAGGCAGGUGAGGAUCAGUCUAGAGUCAGGAGAUUGAUGUAAACAGUAAGUAAAUAGAAAGUAAACAGGAAACAUGGAACCUCCAGAGUAAACGCUGUGACUGACAUGUUUUGUUUUUAAUAAUGAAACAGAUAAUCAACAGAAGCGGAUCAGACUGAGACGUCUCUCUGACAGGAUCUGUGUUUGUAUAUACUGCAGAUGUCUGUGUGUAUAUUUCUGUUCACCACCGGGGGGGCAGCAGCUCCUCAGCUACACUGUAAAAAUACAUCCGACACUCACAUCUCUCAGCCAAUCAGGUUACAGGAAAUGCAAAGCUCCUCUCCUCUGAUUGGCUGGUUUUCAGUGACUCACUGAAUGACUGCUGAUGAUGAUUGUUUUUGUGUCUUCUGGACCAUUUCUGCUCAAAUGUUUUCUGAAUGUUGGGAUGAUGAUGUCACUCCAGGGGGGCUGGGUU